AAUGCGAGGGCUCUGCGCCUCCAGGACUCGAGAAACUCUGAAACUGAAAAGAGCAAUGGCUAGAGCGGCCCUUCUCCACUUGCUUCGAUCUCAGACCAAAACCCUCGCAUCCACAAGUACCGUCUUCUCAGGCUACCAUCCUUGUAGGUUUGGCACAAGGUCUCACAUUUGGAGUGCCAAACGUGACUUUAGUAGUCCUAUCCAGAUUGUGGCUUCUCAGAAAAGAUGGGCAUCUCAAGCUAGGACAACAGAAGAUGAAAGUAGGAUCAGGAUUGGACCACGCAAUGGGAAAGAAGCUGGAGAGGAUGGGAAAGAGACUGGGGUGGUUUAUUAUGGUCCGAUCUCAUCGACCAUCAAGAAAGUAAAACUAUUGUCUCUUUCAACAUGCUGUCUCUCUGUAUCCUUGGGUCCUGUCAUAACCUUUAUGACAUCUCCAGAUAUGAACGUCAUCUUGAAGGGUGCAGUUGCGUCUUCAGUGAUAUUCUUUAGUGCCUCAACAACUGCUGCCCUUCAUUGGUUCGUUAGCCCCUAUAUUCACAAGCUUAGAUGGCAUCCUGGCUCAGACAGUUUUGAGGUGGAGAUGAUGUCCUGGUUAGCGACAUACAUUCCGAAGACUAUUAAGUUUGCUGAUAUUCGGCCACCAGAGACUAAUAGGCCUUUCGUGACAUUUAAGGCCAAUGGGAAUUUCUACUUUGUUGACACAGAGCAUUGUCACAACAAAGCAUUGCUGGCUAGAUUGACUCCAAAGAAACCUCAACAUGAGUCUGCUUUCAAAAACUUGUGAUAGGAGGAUUUUCAAGGCAAGAGGUCUAUAAGGUUAUGAAGAGCCAGAACCAAAUUUUAGUUCAGUGGAUUGUGAUAAGCCCUGGAUUGGAAUGUGCCCAAGGGCAUUUUUUCUUUUUGUUUGCCUCAUUAAUUGAGACACCCUUUAUUUUUCCCCCUUUUUAGAGUUUCAAGGUGGGGAAAAAAAUUUCUGUAUUUGAGGUUUGUAGGCUAGGGAGGCGUUGAUAGGUUAAAUGAAAUUGGGCUAUUCUAGUAACAACAAUUUAAAUAUUUUAAUCCAUUUUUUGGGUUAGAACAAAAAAAAAUCAGAAGGAUUAAGAAGUUAAUUAUGUUA